GGAAAGACCUACAUACCAUUUGAACCAUAUAGGUUGUUUUAGGCGCCCAAGGCGUAUGCGACCUGUAAAAUGCCUUUUUACGGUGUUCGAGUCGGUCGUGGCAUCGGCGUCUUCUCGAGUUGGUGAGUCCCAUUAAGUUUUUAACUAAGAAGUAAUUGGGUCUGAGUGCAAAGACCUUGUAAAGGGGUACUCUGGAGCUUGCUUUAAGAAAUUUACUUCCUAUGAUGAGGCUAUAAAGUUUAUUGAAGCUGGACACGAGGUCGGAACCGUACUCUCGAAAAAGCGAAGGAUUGGAAGCAUGAAUGACGACCUGGAUGGUCAAGAUCCAUUACCGACCAAGCUAUCUCCUGAAGAGCAUUACAUCAGUAGCAACCAUGUUCCAAGCACUCUGACAUUUUAUCAUGAUGCAUCAUGCCCGCGACGUGUGAUGGUCUAUACUGAUGGUUCAUGUAACGGUGCACAUGAUGAUCGUCGUGCUGGUUAUGGUGUUUACUGGGGGCCCAAUCAUCCAUGGAAUGUCUCUGAGCGGUUGGAAGGAGAGCAAACAAAUAAUAGAGCAGAAAUUGAGGCGGUGAUAUGUGCAAUUAAACAGGCACACAUUGGUGGUAUUACUCAUUUGGGAAUAGUUACUGAUAGUAAAUUCACUCAAAACUGUGCAACAGAAUGGGGUCAACGAUGGGCGCGAAAUGCUUGGAAAUUAGCCAAUGGUGAAGAUGCUAAAUUAAGAGAACCAGUUAAACGAUUACUUGGAGUUAUCGCUGAAUCAGGAAUUGAAAUAAUUUGGAUGUCACAAAUGUUGACAAUCGAUAUAAAGCCAACCAAAUCGUUUCCUGGCCAGAAACCAGGUACAAGUGGUUUACGUAAGCCAACAAAAACAUUUAUGGAACAUGGGUACACUGAGAACUUCAUACAAUCUAUUUUAAAUGCAGCUGUUGGUCAAUUGUUGAACAAAUCUCAACCAGUUCGACUUCUUUUAGGCGGAGACGGUCGGUAUUUUGUACGAGAAUCAUUACAAAGUAUCAUUAUCCCAAUAUGUUUAGCUAAUGGGGUAUCUGAAUUGUUUGUUGGUCAAAAUGGAAUCCUGUCAACUCCAGCUGCAUCAUUCAUAAUUCGUAAACAUCAAUUGGAUGGUGGUAUUCUUCUAACAGCUAGUCAUAAUCCUGGUGGACUAAAUGCAGACUUUGGUAUUAAGUACAAUUGUGGGAAUGGUGGACCAGCACCGGAGAAAUUAACAGAUGCUAUUUUUGCACAAAGUGAAAAAUUGACUUCUUAUAAAACUGUUAAAGAACCAUUAAAUAUUCAGUUGGACUGUAUUGGUUCAACGAAAUAUACUUUAUCCAAUGGUCAAACUCCCAUAGUAACCAUCAUAAGCAGUGUUUCCGAUUAUGCCGAUUACAUGCGCACAUUGUUUGAUUUCGAUGCUAUUAAAACACUAUUGACUGGUUCAAAUCAGCGUGAACCAUUUAAAUUGCUUGUCAGUGGUCUUAACGGAGUCAUGGGACCUUAUAUUCAUGAGAUAUUAUGCAAUCAACUUGGAUUAAAUUCAGAGUUAGCUAUUAAAUCUCAACCAUUAGAAGAUUUUGGCGGUGGUCAUCCUGAUCCCAAUUUGACUUAUGCAGCAGAUCUUGUCCAAAUGAUAGUGGCUGACUCAUCAAUUGCAAUGGCAGCCGCUUUUGAUGGUGAUGGUGAUCGAAAUAUGUUGAUUGGUCGACACGGUUUUUUUGUAUCACCAUGUGAUUCGUUAGCUGUGAUUGCAGAUAAUACAGAUUGUAUCAAAUAUUUUCAAGAGAAUGGUGUUCAUGGAUUUGCACGAAGUAUGCCUACCAGUAGGGCACUUAAUCUUGUAUGUAAAAGUCGAUCAAUGCAGUGUUACGAAGUUCCAACAGGAUGGAAAUUUUUCGGUAAUUUAAUGGAUGCUAAAUUAUGCUCUUUAUGCGGUGAAGAAAGUUUUGGCACUGGUUCUGAUCAUAUACGUGAAAAAGAUGGUUUAUGGGCAUUACUUGCAUGGUUGUCUAUUUUGGCUAAACGUAGUCAAAUUGGUUUGCCAGUAGAUGUCGAGUCAAUUGUAAUGGAACAUUGGAAGAAAUACGGAAGAUAUUUUUUCACUAGGUACGAUUAUGAAAAUUGUGAAUCAAGUCAAGGUGAUGAAAUUAUGAAUGAAUUAAAGAAAUUAAUUGACAAUAAUAGAAUAUCAGGUCAUGUGUAUACCACUGUCAGUGGACGACAGUUCGUUUGUGAUUUUUGUGAUAAUUUUUCAUAUGUGGAUCCAGUUGAUGGAAGUCACACUACAAACCAAGGUUUUCGCUUAAUUUUUAAUGAUGGGACACGAUUUGUGUAUCGUUUAAGUGGUACAGGCAGUAGUGGUGCAACACUUCGAGUGUAUGUUGACACUUAUGAAUCAGAUCCGGCUAAACAUACAAUUGCUUCACAGGAAUAUCUGAAACCGCAUAUUGAAUUAGCAUUGGAAUUAUGCGGUGUAACUAAAAUCACUGGUCGAAUAGCUCCAAGUGUCAUCACAUAAAACGUCUUAUCCUACGAAGCUGUUGAUUUUCUACCUUUGCUGCACAACCCAUUCAUGAUGAUUAAUUAAACAUAACACUGAUGAUUGUCAUUCGUAGUCUUUUGGACGUAGAAUCGUAUGCGAUCAUGGUAAUUAAACGAACCUUGCCCUCCUCCAAUCAGCAUUGAUUCUUAUUAUUAUUACUAUUAUAAAUUCUCCCGUAUACUUAUAUUGUUCCCGUCGGUUAAUGAUUACUACAUCUAUCUUGUUCAAUCAUUUAAAUAAAAUAUCACUAUCCCAUUCCGAUGAACCUGUCGCUGCCGCUGUCAUCCUUUUAGUAAUAUUUAGAUGAUAAGAUCAUAAUGCAUUUGCUCAUCGUUUAAAUCUUUCUCUAUGUCUAUCCGCUCUGAUUCAACAUGUGUUUAAAAGUGAUUUUCCCAAUAGUAGUUAUGCUGAAUCAUUUGUCUAUUUAUGGUCAUGUUAUGUUUUUUUUCAGUAGCUUCUUUUUUAGGUUUCCUCUCUCAUUAUCUAGUCUUGUUUUUAUUUUAAAAAAUAGUGUAUUUUUCGUGCCUUCAACACUUAAUUUCAUUGUUUUAGUAGAUAAUUUUUCAAAAGAGUAAUUACACUCCCGCCUACUGAUUAAUAUUACGCAGUGAGACGAACAAUCUUUUGGUUAAUAAUUCAGUGAUGCUUUUCGUAGACAUUAUUAUUUUAGUAAUAGACAAUUGGUGGAAAGCACUGUUUCAUAUAUGUUUCACGCUAGUCGAUACUGAACAACAUAGUUUAUUUGUAAUUUUUUGUGGAAACGUGGGUGCUUUUUCCAUGUAUUUCGAUGCUAUAUAAUUCAAUACUGAAGACGUCACCAAUGAGCUAUAUGGGACGCCAGGAUCGACCUCCUCAUUUUUUUUUAGCAAGGUUGUUUUCUAUCUGAUUGAGUUGCUGAUUACAUUCCCAUUCUUCCUGUUAUAUCUGGACUUAGGAUCUGCUGUUUAUACAUUUUGAACCCAACAAUAUUUCACUUGCUUCUCAAAGCAAACGAAAUAGACAGUAUUUCAGUUGUACCUCUUUUGCAUUUCAAAGAACGUACUUUGAUACCUCAACCCUCAGCUAAGUAAUCCAUUGUUUCUAGUUCUAUGUUCUAUGUUUUAGGGAAACAUAGUUCUGUAAUUAUUUUUUUACAAAGGAUCUUUGAUUUCCAAAUUUAUGACUUAUUUGUUAAAACAUUAUCUAGUAUGGACCAAGUAAUUGGUCCAACCAAUUCUUUAUUGCUAGAUUGACUUUUGGAAAUGGAUGAUUGCCAUUGUAAUGUUUCUACCAUUGAUUAUUUUCGCUUACGGAUUCCUGAAAUGUCAUCGUGAGUCCGUGACCGGUGAAAGUGAUACUUGUCAACCAUGAGUCCGAUUUCACCAGUGGGAAAUGGUAAUAGUCUUGUAACAUUGAAAAUUGACAAGAGUUAAACAUAAAUAAAAUAAUAUAUUCUUAAUAUGCCGAUGAGUAGAAAAUUAGAUUUUCUAACGUUUAGUGACUCAGUGUAAGCCAAUUCUCCAGAAAAUAAAUAACCAGAUCAAAAUUAAUCCUAGUUUAAAUAAUACUAAGAAAGGACGCAAGAUUAUUAUGUGCGAUCAAUCAAAACACAGGUCUGAACAAGUUAAUGUCAUGUCAUUUCGGUCUAGGUGAUUUAUAAGCGACAUGUAUGUAAAUUUGUGUGUUUAUAUGUGCAAGGUCAGGGAUGAGAAAAUGUGAACUUUGUGGUGCGAAAGGAUACAGUUUAAUUUGUGUAUACGAUAACAGUAUGAAAUGUAAAUAAUGUCAGAUAUGGUAACUUGAAUAAGUAGUCCAAGUCGGAUGUAUAGUUAGAAUUGAAAACGUUAACUACUCAAUGCCAACUCAGUAAUCUCGAUGAUAAGCACUGUAUUCGAGUCCUGAAAGGUGUUGGGUUCAUUUCCUGGUGUGGUCGUGGCCCCCAAUGCCCUCGUACGACCGAGAGUUGGGAGAGUCCGCUCUCCCUCUCGAAAUACUCUGACAUGGCGACGCGUAUUUAGCCUCUACCAGGGAAGUCCUACUCAUUGCCUUCCCACACCAGGGAUGUUGUUUACGAAAUUGAGAGGAUAGAGAGCGAAUGUCCGGCGCUUUAACCG